AGAUGCCUCCCGCCCAUUCCCUGCCUCAUGUGCUAUGUCAUGCAAACUUUGAAACCCUUAGCACAUAAUUUAAGCGAAUGACUAAUUGGGCUGGCAUCAUGGAAGGCACUCAUACCAUCCUGCAAUUGCACAGACCCAUUAUAGAGCUUUGUUACGUCAGCUUCUACCUUCCAGAGGGGCAAGUCAGAGGAUUUACUUACAAGCACUGCGUGACUUUGGACAGAACAAGAAAACGCUUUUGUGAUUGCUAUCAGGUAAGGGAGAGAUUGGAGGCGGAGCUGAGAGAACAGCCACAGGAAAGCUUUGGAGAUAUUUAUUUCAAGCCAACUACCACGAAAGACAUUCUCAUUGAACUGUUCAAACUAACUGCUGAAAAGGAAAAACUAUUGUCUACUCUCUUGAGUUCACAUCAUAUUUUGGACAGUAGCAAAGGAAAUUGGCAGGGAGAUCUACAAAAUGUUUCUGGGGGUUCAAAACUUCAAGGUAAUGAUAACUCCAGUAUUAUGCAUCACCAGGAAUUCUUGCUGGACUCUACCAAUAAAGAAAGUUUUACUCAUGAAAAAAUUAGGAAAUAUAGAAGGAAAGAGAAUUUUGAGGAAUUCAAACAGAGGAAAGGGAAAAGAAAGGUACGCCAACAACAUCCUCCUUUGCUGAGUGAGAAAGACGUGCAAUUAGAAAAUGAGAAGUUUUCUGCAGCAUUUCCUACCAGGAGAUUAUCCAGUUCCUCUUCUGUCUCUGGCUGGCUAACAGUGAAAGAUAAGGAUGAUUUAACAGUAGAUUUGCAACCAGAAAGAUGGAUAAAAGAGGGAUAUUUUCUUAAAAGCAAUAAACCUUUGAAAUUGGAUGCUGACAUAUCUGGUUCUGUGUCCAAAAGCAACAAGGACACGGUUCCAGUUGAACUAUUGGAUUAUGGAGAAAGUAUUCCUAAAGUUAGGAAAGUCCAGCAGAGUAUCACUUUGGAAAACUUGCAUCAGGACAGACUGUCUAACAAAACUGAGCCCUUAAAUAAAUCCACAUCUGCAAAACGCUUGAAAGGUAACAAGUGCACUGAGCAGGGGUGCAAGGAGAAGCCCACAGUCAGAGCGGUUGCUAAAGCACAGCAUUCAGGAGCCUCUUUUAAAAAGGUUGUAAGAACUCACGCAGAGCCUUUAUGUGAUUUUCAAGGAGAUGAAGCAACUGCUCCUGCUCCCGCAGCAGCAGCCAGCGUGUUUGUACCCAGCACGGCUGCGUUCUCUGGAGCCGGAGCUGCUGGCACCUCUGGAAGCUGCGCGCCGCCGGAGAAGGAGCGCGAUGACUCUGCUUCGCAGUACAAAGGAGAGCGAGUGCCCGCUCGUGAUGAGUCACCUAACCUUGUGGGAGCAGUCAAUAAAGCCCUGCUGAAAGUUAUCCGGAGUGACAGUUUAGAUGAGGCUGCAGAAUGGAAGAGGCUGCAACAAAUUCCGAGAGUAGACAGAAACCUGCCCGCCUCGGCCUCUGAGAAAAGAGCCGCCGUAUCCGGGGGAAGCAGCAAGCGCUUAUUUUUGAACCUGCCUGUAAAUGAGUGUCCUGAUAUUUCUCAGACAAAUAAUAACCUUAAACUGGAAGAGAAAAGGCUGCCUUCACCCUCGUUAGUAGCAAUUGCCUAG